AUGUGGCUUAUGGUUCGUGCUAAGGGUGUUGUUGUGGCCACUAGCAGGAUACCACAACUGACAAAAAUAGCUGAGGAUAAUGUUGAUCGUUGGCGGAAUAAUAGUUUAAUGCCCAUCUUAGGGAGCAAAAGCACUGGUAUCCUCUUUGCAACUGGCGAUCCUUUUACCUUACAAAAAGCCCAUCCUUCAUAUGAUGCUAUUUAUCUUCGUACUACUGACCAACGCACUAUUGUUUCUUACCAAAAGUUGUUGAAGGUGGGUGGACGUUUGGCUGGUACGCAUACAUACGAUGAUGGGAAAAUAAAGCUAGUAGUGGUAGAUCGUGAUGCAGCAGGUUCAUUCAAGCAAACCGUAUUGGUGGACGAAAAGCAUCCUGAGACAGUAACAACUCCAUUGCUGCCUUCAGGACCAGAUGACAGCCAACCUGGGUUGUAUAUCCGUGAGUGUGUUGGGGAGACAGUCAAAUGACGUCGCGCAUCAAGCCCUCAAAGGGAAUAUGGACGGGGAAAGACGAGUGAGAUGUCCGACGGUGUCAUGGGGAAGAUCAAGAGAGGAGAAUAUGACAGGAUAAAAUUGAGACAUGCUCUUGAAGCCCUAUGGCCUACUCGGAACCCUAGGGAACAAUAAUAAUAAACAAUCUUUGAAUAUAUAACGGAACCCCUGGAAAGUUCCAGAUAUAAAGUUUUG